CUUUAAGUGUUGAAGAUGAUGCAGUUCUCAUCUGUUCCUGUGGAUCCACAGUUCCUGGACCUGCGUGUGGCGGUGCUGGGUAACGUGGACUCUGGGAAGUCCACCCUGCUGGGCGUCCUGACGCAGGGAGAGUUGGAUAACGGCCGAGGCCGAGCGCGGCUGAACCUCUUCAGACAUCUGCAUGAAAUCCAGACAGGACGUACCUCCAGCAUCAGCUUUGAAAUUUUGGGCUUCAACAGCAAAGGGGAGGUGGUGAACUACAGCGAGUCCCGAACAGCCGAGGAGAUCUGUGAGAGCUCCUCCAAAAUGAUCACCUUCAUUGACCUGGCAGGUCACCACAAGUACCUGAAGACCACCAUCUUUGGUCUGACCAGCUACUGCCCUGACUUCGCCAUGCUGGUGGUGAGCGCCAACACGGGUGUAGCCGGUACCACCAGAGAGCACUUAGGCCUGGCCAUGGCUCUGAAGGUCCCCAUUUUCAUCGUGGUCAGUAAAGUGGACCUGUGCUCGCGCGGCACCAUGGAGAAAACUGUCCGCCAGUUGGAGCGAGUCCUCAAGCAGCCAGGCUGCAACAAGGUUCCCAUGAUGGUGCUGAGCCCGGACGAUGCUGUGACUGCAGCGCAGCAGUUCGCCCAGUCUUCAUGCAUCACUCCCAUCUUCACCCUUUCCAGUGUGUCUGGAGAAAGCCUGGACCUCCUGAAAGUUUUCCUCAACAUCCUUCCUCCACUGAGCAACAGCAAAGAACAGGAGGACCUGAUGCAGCAGCUUCCUGAGUUCCAGGUGGAUGAGAUCUACUCGGUUCCCGACGUUGGGACGGUUGUGGGAGGAACUCUGUACAGCGGAGUGUGCAGGGAGGGCGAGCGGCUGGUUGUUGGUCCCACAGAGGAGGGCCGCUUCCUGCGUCUGAAAGUGGGCAGCAUCCACAGGAACCGCUCGGCCUGCAGGGUGUUGAAGGCCGGGCAGGCAGCCACUCUGGCUCUGGGCAACUUUGACCGCUCACUGUUACGCAAGGGCAUGGUGAUGGUCAGCCCCAGGAUGAACCCCACUAUCUGCCGCCAGUUUGAAGCCGCCAUCGUUCUGCUCUUCCACGCAAAGACCUUCCGGCGCGGCUCGCAGGUCACGGUCCACGUGGGUAACGUCCGGCAGACGGCUACGGUGGAGCGCCUUCAUGGAAAGGAGGAGCUUCGGACUGGAGAAAGGGCCGUCGUCUGCUUUCGUUUCAUCAAGCACCCAGAGUAUCUGCGCCUGGGUGCCAAGCUGCUGUUCAGAGAGGGCGUCACCAAGGGCAUUGGUCAUGUGACAAGCCUGCUGCCCCAUGACCAGAAUCUGAGCCGGGAUCAGAACCUGCAGGAUUAUUAGAGCCCGUUCAUUGGCUCAGGUGCUGUUAUCUGCUGCCACAUGGAUGCCCCCUGCCCUCCCUAAACAACCCCCCCCACCCCCAUGGCGCACCGUCUGCUGGUCAUCAGUGUUGUGAACGCACCCCUUCAGACGUCUGACCGCUCACACAGAAACCACAAGGAAAGGAUGAUGAAACCCAGAGCAGUGCUGGGAGGAGGAUGGCACCAGAACCGAUCCAGAGCAUCCAUGUGGAUCUGCUCCUCCUAACUGAUCCUUCCUCCCAUCUCUGCUCAUCAUCCUGUCUCACCAGACUGAUGCUGUGCUACGCUAGCUCCCUUCACUGUCUGUUUGCGUGGCAGCAAAAUAUUCCAAGAAAACAGACUUUCUGAUUGAAAGAAGCUAAAGGAGGAAGCUUUGGUUGGGUCCUCUAGGGGCCACUGGGGGCCAUGUGAGGGGAGGUGAUGCUUAAGGGUGAAGACCAGGAGUUCAGCUGAAAACUGUUUCUUAGUGAAGGACAGGAAGAGAAUCAUGACAUCAUCAUCCAGAGCUGAGAGGGUCUGUCUACACCAGAUAGUCAGACCAGCGUACCUACAGUCAAUACGCAGGAGCAAGACGUCACAUUUGCAUUUAACCCUUUAGUUUUGUAGGAAAAAUACACUUUAAACUACCUCAGCGGGCGUGCAUCCCUUUAGUCACGUACAAAAAAAAACAUUUUAAGGUCAGAUCGCCAUACGCUUCAAAACACACCAAAAAGUAAUUAAUGAAAUAGUUUUUUUCACAUGACUAAAGGAAUACACGCCCAUUGAGGUAGUUUAAAGUGUCUUUUUUUGUACAAAAGUAAAGGGAUGAACUAAAGGGAUGAACGGGUAUUGACUAUGGGUAUGCUGCUCUGACAGGAGGUGACAUAUUGAUCCAGAACGAGCGCAGAAGAGGAGUCCGACUUGGAAAUAAAGAAACAACUAGCAGGGAGGCUUGUUGGUUGUGAUGGUGCCCAGAAUGGACCCAUGGUUCUGACUGAAGGUACCAGCUCAGCAGCUGGUGAUGCUGGAGGAAACAGCUUCUGCUCCCAGAACCUCCUCAGAUGUUGUGGAUCCAGCUUCAGGUCCUCCAUGAGCCUUUUUCAAACCAACUGUGAGGAAGAUUCAGACGGUUUCUUCUGAUAUGGAUCCCCGCUCAAUGGAACCAGUUCUGGUUCCGUUCCUCAGAACAUCUCAGCUGUUUGGGGAAACCUGAAGCUUUGGCUUUUUUCCUGGACUUUGUGUGAAGCUGCUGUUGAAUGUCCUUCAAGGCUUUUGUCCGUGUUGGAAUAGAGAUCCAGCCGACUCCUCUCUGCUGACCCACAGUACCGCAGCAGGGCCGGUACUGCUGGUCAGCAGAGAGCCUUACAGCUUUUCCUUCUCUCUGUCCUUCAAGCAUUGAAAUAAAAACAUUUUAAAU